AGAGGCGUGCUAGUUAGGAGACGGGGGGGUCAGAGGUUGUAGGGGAAGAAGGCGUUCCUGCGCUGGCCGGGUCGCUAUGUAGUGGAGGGGCAGAUUCCCUCCUGCAAAUUCUGGAAGGUUCUUGAGUUCGACUAGGAAAGUGGCCAAGGGAUUCCUGGUCUCCGGCCUGAGGUGCCCCCCGGCUGCGCGGAGGUGCCGCGGGCGCUGCCAUGUUUGGCUGCCUGGUGGCGGGGAGGCUGGUGCAGACGGCCCCACAGCAAGUGGCAGAGGAUAAAUUUGUUUUUGACUUGCCCGAUUAUGAAAAUAUUAACCAUGUUGUGGUUUUUAUGCUGGGAACAGUCCCAUUUCCUGAGGGAAUGGGAGGAUCUGUCUACUUUUCCUAUCCAGAUUCAAACGGAGUACCAGUAUGGCAGCUCCUAGGAUUUGUCACAAAUGGGAAACCAAGUGCCAUCUUCAAAAUAUCAGGUCUUAAAUCUGGAGAAGGAAGUCAACACCCAUUUGGAGCCAUGAAUAUUGUACGAACUCCCUCUGUUGCUCAGAUUGGAAUAUCAGUGGAAUUAUUGGAUAGCCUGGCUCAGCAGACUCCUGUCAGCAGUGCUGCAGUGUCCUCAGUGGACUCCUUCACUCAGUUUACACAAAAGAUGUUGGACAACUUCUACAAUUUUGCGUCAUCAUUUGCUGUCUCUCAGGCCCAGAUGACACCCAAUCCAUCUGAAAUGUUCAUUCCAGCAAAUGUGGUUCUGAAAUGGUAUGAAAACUUUCAAAGACGACUAGCACAGAACCCUCUCUUUUGGAAAACAUAAAUUGAAUAAAAUAACUUUUAAUGGA